CCCCCUUAAAUUUCUUACAAAUCAAAAUCUCUCAUGCUUUCAGGGAUGGAGGGAGUAAUUAGAAAGUAAAAUUACAAAAAUAAAUCUGCCAAAAAUCAAAAUAAAAAGAGUGUAAUUGAAGUAGAAAAAGUUUUUUUGCGACGUAGAGAGAAGAAAGAUGUUUUGGGUCUUUAAACUUCAUUUUUUAAUAGAAAGUCAUUAUGUAUUAUGUUUUAGUGCUGUUUAAAUAAAUUCCUCUUUUAAUAUGUGGUGAUGGAUGGAUGGAGUUUAUAGCAUUGGAAGCUUAGGAGCUGGAAAUUCGAAAGCUUACGUGUCUAACGUUGUUGUGAACGGAGCAAAGCUGUCUGGAACCGCAAAUGGGGUCAGGAUCAAGACCUGGCAGGGAGGAUCGGGGACGGCAAGCAACAUCAAAUUUAAGAACAUACAAAUGCAUGGUGUGGAGAACCCUAUAAUUUUAGACCAAAACUAUUGCGACCAAAAGAAGCCAUGCAAGGAAGAGAGCUCGAAUGUGGAAGUGAAAGAUGUUGAAUACGAAAACAUAUCAGGAACGAGUGCUACGGAGACGGCGAUCGAGUUUGAUUGCAGCAAGAGGUAUCCGUGCCAAGGGAUUGUUCUUCGCAAUGUGAAUUUGAAAAGGGAAGGAGGCGGCGGUGACGCUAAGGCUUCAUGCAACAAUCCCCAAGAAGGUUGACUUUCGUUUGACAAUAGCUCUAAGACCCAGUUGCAAUGUUCUUCGAUGGAAAGGUCACACCCCAGCCAAGGCGUUGGGGCCAGGGGGUGUUGAUUGUAUUGUUUUGCACGGAGUAUGUUUCAAUUUAUGAACAAGGUUUGAUUUUUUAGGAUUUUUAUUUUAUUUAUAGAUGUUAGCCAUUUUAAUACGGAUUGUUUUAUUCACGAUAUGUAGUGUCAAAAUAAAAUCUUGUCACCGUU